GAGAGUGUGUGAGAGAGAGAGAGCGCACUAGUUCAGCGGCAGCCUCGACACAUCAGUGUGCUCGACUCUCUUGCUGUGUCUCGGAGCUCCAGUACACACGAUCCGACUCCGACAGAAAGGUUUAAAGCGAGUCGGAUCUCAGUGCGCCUGCAAACGCGACUCCGCUUUUUCAUUUUUUUUCCAGCUGUCUUGAAUGUUACACUGAAAAUGGCGAUCUGCACACAGUCCUCGGGUCUCUUCUGGCUCUUCUCUGUGCACACGGUGUUGAUUUUCUGUGUGUCCUGGCCCGGAACGGAGACGCUCCGCUUCCCGCAGCACUACACGAUGAUGCACUGGGCAAGCUGUAUAGAGAAGGAACUGGACAAAGUUCUUCCACAGGUCACAGGAGUCCACCAGUUGAAAGCAAUUUACAACGAGAAGAGAAGUCAGUUUGAUGUGAAGAGGAACUCGCCCAAGGACCUGGUGGACAGAGUGGCCAAAGACAUCGCCAAGCUGCUCAACAGCAAACGCAAAGCGCUCGAGAGGCUGGCCAGAGAGGCGGAGCAGAUCCAGACAUUGCACCCCUGGCGAGACAACAUUACAGAGAGCGCAAUAGAGUACUACGACUCCAAGGCUGAAUCUGAUUACUCCGAUUACAACUAUGAUGAUAACCAGUCGGAUAAACUGAAGUCCAUUUCACUGGAGUUUGUGGACGACCCCAAUUUCAAAAACAAAGUCAACUAUUCCUACACUGCUGUACAGAUCCCCACUGACAUCUACAAAGGCUCUCCCACCAUUUUAAACGAGCUGAACUGGACGCAGGCGUUGGAGAGGGUGUUUAUAGAUAACAGCAGAGAAGACCCCUCACUACGUUGGCAGGUCUUCGGAAGUGCCACCGGUGUUACUAGAUACUACCCAGCUACUCCAUGGAGAGCACCAAACAAGAUUGACCUGUACGACGUGAGGAGACGGCCUUGGUACAUUCAGGGCGCCUCUUCUCCUAAAGAUAUGGUCAUCAUUGUGGAUGUGAGCGGCAGCGUAAGUGGACUGACUUUGAAGCUGAUGAAGACCUCUGUGAUUGAGAUGCUGGACACACUGUCUGAUGAUGAUUAUGUAAAUGUAGCACAGUUUAAUGAAAAGGCAGACCUCCUGGUCACGUGCUUUAAGACGCUGGUCCAAGCGAACGUGAAAAACAAAAAGAUCUUCAAAGACAAGGUGAUGAAAAUGGACGCGAAGGGGACGACGGACUACAAAUCUGGCUUUCAGUUUGCCUUCGAGCAGCUGCUAAAUGAGACCAACGCUCCAAGGGCAAACUGCAAUAAGAUGAUAAUGAUGUUCACAGACGGAGGAGAGGAUCGAGCUCAAGAGGUCUUCGAGAAGUACAACUGGCCCAAUAAAACAGUUCGGGUUUUUACCUUCUCUGUGGGGCAGCAUAACUACGAUGUCACUCCAUUGCAAUGGAUUGCCUGUGCCAACAAAGGAUACUACUUUGAGAUCCCAUCCAUCGGAGCAAUCCGAAUCAACACACAGGAGUAUCUAGAUGUUCUGGGAAGGCCAAUGGUGUUAGCAGGCAACCGGGCUAAGCAAGUUCAGUGGACCAACGUUUACCAGGAUGCUCUAGGCUUGGGUUUGGUCAUUACUGGGACAAUGCCGGUCUUCAAUCUUUCUACUGAUGGGGACUCAAAGAAUCAGCUUAUUCUGGGAGUCAUGGGUGUAGAUGUAGCACUUAAUGAAAUUAAGCAGCUCACACCACGGUAUAAACUUGGUGCCAAUGGUUACGCUUUUGCCAUAGACCCCAAUGGCUAUGUUCUGCUGCACCCAAACCUACAACCGAAGAUCAUUAAUUUCAGAGAACCAGUUACACUUGACUUCCUGGAUGCAGAGCUGCCAGACAGCAACAAGGAGGAGAUCCGUCGACAGAUGAUUGAUGGCAAGUCAGGUCAGAAGAAAAUCAAGACAUUAGUUAAAUCUGUUGACAAGCGUUAUAUUGACCAGGUUACAAGGACUUACACAUGGGCACCAGUAGAUGGCACAGACUACAGUCUGGGUUUGGUGCUGCCCACAUACAGCGAGAACCACAUCCGUGCCAACCUCAGUGAUCAGAUCCUGCAAGUCCAGUUAAAAGACACCACGGAUUUUGAAUCUCUGCUGCCACACACUUUUGAGUCAGAGGGACAUGUGUUGAUAGCCCCAAGGGAAUACUGCAAAGAGCUGGAGCUUUCUAGCAACAACACAGAGUUCCUGCACAACUUCAUUGCUCUGAUGGAGAAAGUAACGCCAGACUCCAAACAAUGUGACAACUUCCUGCUGCAUAACCUGAUCCUGGACACAGGCAUUAUCAGACAGCUCGUGGAGAAAGUGUGGAAAACCAAGGACCUCAACACGCAUGGAUUUUUGGCCGUUUUUGCAGCUACAGACGGAGGCAUCACUCGUAUUUUUCCCAAUAAAGCUGCUGAGACAUGGGAGGAGGAUCCAGAGCCAUUUAAUGCCAGUUAUUAUCGCCGCAGUCUGGACAACAAGGGCUACAUCUUUAGAGCACCCUAUCGUAGCCCAAAUGCAAUCUUCCAGGAUCAAGAGAAUGACACAGUUGGCAUCCUGGUCAGUACAGCAGUGGACAUUACAGUGGGGUCCAGAAACAUCAAGCCAGCUGUUGUGGGUGUAAAGUUGGACCUUGAAGUUUGGACUUCGAAGUUUAAGUUCCUUGCCAGCAAUCACACCGAUAACACUCGACAGAGCUCUCAAAUGUGUGGACAAACCAGUGACUGUGAGAUGGACUGUGAGGCCCAUGAGGACUUGCUGUGCUACCUGAUCGAUGAUGGUGGCUUCCUGAUCUUGUCCAAUCAGAUUCAAGACUGGAGCAAGAUCGGCAUGUUCUUCAGCGAGGUGGACCCAGCUCUGAUGUAUCUGCUCUACAACAACUCCUUCUACAACUACAUGGAGUCUUAUGAUUACCAGUCUGUGUGUGGACCUGUGCCUAACAGUAACACAGGGGCAGCACCUAGAGGAGUUUUUGUGCCCACCAUUGCCGACCUGGUAAACGUAGCCUGGUGGACCUCAGCAGCUGCAUGGUCUCUGUUUCAGCAGUUGCUUUAUGGUUUUGCCUAUCAUAGCUGGUUCAUUACAGAUGAAGCUGAUGCAGCAGAGAGCAUGGACCCCAGAGAAACUAGCUGUGUCACAGUACAGAAGCAGUUCUACUUCGGGAACAUCAGCAGUAGCUACAGCAUAGUUCAAGACUGUGAGAACUGCUCCAGGUUGAUCCAUGCCAAGAGAUUAAACAACACCAACUUGCUGUUUGUGGUGGCUGAGAAGCUGCUCUGCAACACAUGUAGUUUAGAGAAACUGUCUCAGGGGGAGAAAGAAUUAAAACAAGACCCAUGUCUGGAUGUCCAACCACCUCGGUAUAGAAAAGGACCCUCUACUUGUUUUGAUUACAACGUUGCAGAGAACACUACAGAUUGUGGGCGAGGACACUCUUUCCGCCCGUCCAUCCAUACAUUACUCAUCCUCCAGCUUCUCCUGGCACUAAUGGCCUGCCCUCAUGUUCUGCCUUUCUCUCUUUAACUCCAUCCUCUGCCCAUCUCCCAACUCCUUGCCCUAAUUCUCAUAUUUCUCCCUUCCCUUCCCUUGCUCUAGUUAUAGGAAUUAAAGGGACUUCCUGAUGCCCCCAUAUGGAAGCCCGGCAUACUGCAUCAUCCACUUUGCUUCACAGGUUGCUGCUUAACGACCGGUGCAGAACUUGUCAAUCAGCAGCUUUUCCGGCAGGAGCCUGACGUUUCCUUAAGGGGGAAGCAGCUGAAGAAGUCAAAAUGUUGAAACGCAAUCAUUUAAGAAGUAUACAGGCCACGGCAGGAGAAAAGCAUCCAUCUAGAACCGACUAAUGAAAUAGAAGUAACGUUGAAGAAAUUGGAAAUCCCUCCCCCAGUUCCUGGUGGUACAGCCUGCCUUUACCGAUGUUUGUGUAGUAAAUGCAUUUUAUCAGACGCUCUUCUUUACAGUUUAAGCCAUCCUCCUCUCUUCUCCUCUUCAUCCUUUGACUCAAAUUGCCUAAUUUGACACUGGGCUACAGAACUUUCUGCCAUUUUCUAGCAAUCAGUAAGAUGAUCACAGAACUUAGGUUUAAUUAAACAAAACAAAACAAAAAAAAACAACAGUAAGAACCUAUGAGUAUUUAAAACAUACCUGCAUAUGUUAGGAUAUAACCAGAGCAGAAAGAGGAUAGAUGUAACUUAUUUUAAUCAUUUAUCAUUUGUUUAUAUAUGCACUAGAUCUGAUUCUUGCCAAAAUGAGAUAGACUUGUGAUGUGGUCUUAUUUUCCUAGCCAAAUAAAGAGGAGGAGGAGAAAAAAAAGGGGGGAAUGCCUUGCAGAAAGAAUAGGCCUGGAUUUCAUUUCGUCUCUUUUUUUUCCUUUCAUUAGUCAUAAGGGCUUCAGUACGCAUAUCAUUCUGUUUGUCAUUUCAGAAUACAAAGUGAAGCUAAGAAAUGGUUUUAAACAAAUAUGGAACUUGACUUUAAGUGUCGUGGUGACUAUCCAGUGUUUAGAAACGAUUGGGGACUUGCAGCUUGAUCUCUGCCAUCAUCAGUUGUGCAUUCUGUGUAUUGUGUGUGUGUGUGUGUGUGUGUGUGUGUGUGUGUGUGUGUGUGUGCGCAUGUGUGUGUUUACAGGGUAGCCAUUUUACACCAAUGUUUUUGCAACAGUCGCUGUUUCAGUAGACUGGUUUGACCUGGCUAACAAUCUGUUAGUGAACAUUAAAACAAUAAAUAUAUUGUUUGCUUUUCAAGGUUAAUCUUAUCAUUUAGAGGGAAAAUAUUUAUGACUCAAGCUUGUAGUGGAGACUCAGACAUCAGUUUGUUUGUUUUUUUUAUUGUUGUAUUGAUCUAAUGAAAAUCUUGAGGGCCCAUCUCCUCCAAUAUUGUUUUUUUUUCUCUGUGUUGUGCCUUGAUGCACAUCUGUAUCUUUACAGAGUAGAUGCUCCACUUUAUAAAGGUAGGAAAUCUUCUCAUGCUGGCACGUAGAGUGAUUAUUGACUGUACAGCUACAACAUGUACAUUAUAUAGAUCACCUGAAACAGAGACCUCACUGAUUUUUAAGUAUAUGCAUUUAUAUUAUUAGUAUAUGAAUUGCCAUAGCUUUGAGAUUAAACUUGAAGUAGACUGCUGUCAUGAUGAUGAGCUUCUGCCUGUGCAGGCGUUUUACUUUCACCCUAGCUUUAGUUCUUCAAGACCUUUACUUAUGUAUAAAACGACAGUUUGUAAGUCUUAGUACUUUAAAAAAAAAAAAAAAAAAAAAAAAAAAAAAGGGUAAAAUAUCUCUUGAUCAAAUAAUCAUGGUCUGGUUUCCAUUUCUUUAGAUGUUUCCACAGAAGCAGCCAAUAUUAUUCUAGUGAACACUAACAAAUCUGAUCACUGCUUAAUACACUGUGGAGUCCACUCUAUAAGUGACUGUUUAGAAUUAAAUAGUUGAGUAUUCCCCGCCCCCUAUUCUUUUUAUUCAGCUAUGAAUAUUCAGUAUGUAGGGCGGGCAAUUUGGUGAUUCUCCAUCGCCAGGUCAUAAAGCUCUUUGCAUAUGUGUAUGUGUAAGCGUGCGUCUGGACCUGUGUACGUGUCGUCACGUCGUCUGCUAACAAGGCACCCAGUUUAUUCAGGAUGUGUUUGAACAGGUGUCAGAAUGAAAAAAACGGUGAUUUAAUUAUUAAGGCGUCUAAGGUGUAUUGCCAAAAAAAAAAAAAAAAAAAAAAAGAGUAAUCUGUCCCAUUUUCCAUGUGUUUGUCUCCAAGUCAGCUCUUAAAGCUUGGUCACGUUUACCUUUGGUUUUGGCUGUUCUGCUUUCUUCCCACCCAUCUCUUUAUCCAUCUGUCUGCCUGGAGUCACAGUAGCUGAAGAAAGCAUGUGCUUGAUUAAAAGCAUACUCAUAAACUACCCCCAAGACCCCCCCCCCCCCCCCCAAACCCCCGUGCCUGCAUUCACAGUGCGUAAUGAGCGAUGUAAUUGACUGUUACAUGAACAGCAUAAACUCAUAAAAUAACAGAUUUUUUUUAAUUGGUUUGUAAUUGCUUCUUCUAUUAUAUAUCAGCCUUCCAUCACCACCAGUGCUAAACAAUCGUAGCGCCACACAGCGUUUGGUGUAAAGGUCAGUUAUUAAUCGUUAUUAAUAGUUAAGGAGCGUGCAUAAAUACAAGCCGUACCCUAACAGCUAUGUGUCCUUUUACUAUUCGUAUACUGUUAUGACCUGAUCCCACAUUGAUAUUAGACGCACAGCACUCGCUCCUCUAACCAAAAGAUACCAAACUCUCCCAUUUACACAUGAACACAUGCACAGGGAAAUAUACGCUUAUACAUGAUAAUCUGAUAAGUCUAGAAGAGUUAAUGCCUUAUUCUUUGUCCUGUUGUGAAACACAUCCAAACUUUGCCUCUUUGAUUCGUUUUACAGAAAAGAAAAAAAAAAGAACUUUCUCUUGUCCUAAUAUUGAAAAAAAUAUAUAUAUAUGUCGAAGCUGCCUACAAGAUGCUCGGACAUUUUGGCUAGACACUGAAAUUAAACUGUGAGUGUGCGUCUGUGUCACUAUUCCACAUACACUGGAACAGAGGUUUGUGUUAUUCAGUGGUUUAAAAAAAAUAUUUUUUUGCCAAAAAUGGUGUUUAAAAAAAAGAAGAUAAAAGGAAGAGGUAGCCUGGAGUGGAGAUGUCUGUCCCAUGAUCCACCUUUAAGGGGAGGGUCUUUUUUUUUGUCAGGGCUGCUCCCUCAGCCUUUCCUCUCCUUUAACAACAGAGUAGGUGUGCUUCAGUGGGAGAGCCGCGUGUGUAUGUGACUCUGUAGUCCUUAGUCUGGUGCUCUGUGACAAAUGUGUGAAAAAAAAAGAAAUAAAGAAAUAAAAGAAAAAAGAAGUAAUCCGUCAAAGGUGAAACUGAAUUUAACAUUAAGUGAGGUUUAAAAAAAAUUAAAUAUAGGAACACAGUACUGCUGAUAAUCAUGAGUUUGAGGUCUGACAUCACAGUGGGAGUUUCUUCAGUUUGUUUGUUGGAUUGUGUGUGUGUGUGCGUGUGUGUGCGUGUGUGUGUGUGUGUGUGUGGAGCUAACAUCACUGGCUCUUUGGACACUGGUCUAUGUUGCUCCAUUUUUUGUACAGCAGAAAAAAAAAAAGAUAAGGGAAACAUUUGUAAAAUAUUGUGUCUGUGACUCCUUGUAAAAUAUUUUCAAAUUGUUUAUUACAGAGAAUCGGUUAUUAAAUAAUGUUCAUAUUUUUCACUUCA